CUUAGAAAUUGUUUUGCAGGCUACUCAUGUAAUACAAGAGAUGUCAAGCCAAAUAAUGAAAGAAAUGUCAGAAGAUUCAGAAAAGGAAGACUAUUCAGACAGAACAAUCAGUAAUGAAGAUGAAUCAGAUGAGGAUAUGUUCAUGAAAUUUAUAAGCGAAGAUAUUCAUCAAUGUGCACUUUUAACAGUUGACUCUAUUGGUGGCCCAUUCAUCCCCCGGACUACACAGAUACUACUGGAGUAUCAGCUAGGGAGAUGGGUGCCACGUCUUCGUGAACCACGGGAUUUAUAUGGUGUCUUUUCUUCUGGUCCACUGAGCCCAACACGGUGGCCAUACCACUGUGAGGUCAUUGAUGAAAAAGUCCAGCAUAUUGAUUGGACUCCUCCUCAUCCUGAGCCAGUGUAUGUCCCAACAGGCCUAGAAACGGAACCUCUUUAUCAAGAUUGCAAGGAAAAUACUGUGGUUUAUCUAGCUGAUGAUG